GACUGGUUCCAGUUCACUCGGCAGCGGAGCCGGGCGGAGGGGGCGAGCGCGGGGCGUGCGGGCGGGAAGCGAGGGGGCGGGCGGGCCGGCGAGGAGCGCGGAGAGAAAAGGCGCGAGUGGCCCCGAGGGCACCGACCGGACACCUUGCUGCCGCCGCCGCCGCCGCGCCGCCUGUAAGUGCCGCUGUGCUUACUGAUCCAGCUCCAGGACCACCGCCAUGUCAAGCCGAGGCGGGAAGAAGAAGUCCACCAAAACCUCCAGGUCCGCCAAGGCAGGAGUCAUCUUCCCUGUGGGGCGGAUGCUGCGGUACAUCAAGAAAGGCCACCCCAAGUACAGGAUUGGAGUGGGGGCGCCCGUGUACAUGGCCGCUGUCCUGGAGUACCUGACAGCGGAGAUUCUGGAGCUGGCUGGCAAUGCAGCCAGGGACAACAAGAAGGGACGGGUCACACCCCGGCACAUCCUCCUGGCCGUGGCCAAUGAUGAAGAACUAAAUCAGCUGCUAAAAGGAGUCACCAUAGCCAGUGGUGGGGUGUUACCCAACAUCCACCCUGAGUUGCUAGCAAAGAAACGAGGAUCCAAAGGGAAGUUGGAAGCCAUCAUCACGCCACCCCCAGCCAAAAAGGCCAAGUCUCCAUCCCAGAAGAAGCCAGUGUCAAAGAAAGCUGGAGGCAAGAAAGGGGCCCGGAAAUCCAAGAAGCAGGGAGAAGUCAGCAAGGCAGCCAGUGCCGACAGCACGACCGAAGGCACGCCCGCUGACGGCUUCACAGUUCUCUCCACCAAGAGCCUCUUCCUCGGCCAGAAGCUGAACCUUAUUCACAGUGAAAUCAGUAAUUUAGCCGGCUUUGAGGUGGAGGCCAUAAUCAAUCCUACCAAUGCUGACAUUGACCUUAAAGAUGACCUAGGAAACACACUGGAGAAGAAAGGAGGCAAGGACUUUGUGGAAGCUGUCCUGGAGCUCCGGAAAAAGAACGGACCCUUGGAAGUGGCUGGAGCUGCUGUCAGUGCAGGACAUGGCCUGCCCGCCAAGUUUGUGAUCCACUGUAACAGCCCCGUCUGGGGUGCAGACAAAUGUGAGGAGCUGCUGGAAAAGACAGUGAAAAACUGCUUGGCCCUGGCAGAUGAUAAGAAGCUGAAGUCCAUUGCGUUUCCAUCCAUCGGCAGUGGCAGGAACGGUUUUCCGAAGCAAACAGCAGCUCAACUGAUUCUGAAGGCCAUCUCCAAUUACUUCGUGUCAACUAUGUCCUCUUCCAUCAAAACAGUGUAUUUCGUGCUUUUUGACAGCGAGAGUAUAGGCAUCUAUGUGCAGGAAAUGGCCAAGCUGGACGCCAACUAGGCCGAGAAACUACAAACCAUACCGUGCCCCCUGCCUCCAACUUGAAAGAAAAGAAAAAAAAUUAAAAAAUAAAAAUAAACACCCUUCACUCCUAUUGGGAGGCGGGAACCCUUUCGUUUCCAAUUUUGCUCAUCUAGGGAAAAUAAGGUUUUGGUUUCCAGUUUAAUUGUUUCGACUUUCUAAAAUGUUUUCACGUUAGCACUGAUAGUUGGCAUUACUGUUGUUAAGCACUGUGUUCCAGACUGUGUCUGACUUUCGUGUAACCUAGGAGAUUUUAUUGUUUUAUUUUAAUGAAACCCUGCUUGCCGCAGAGCAGCCGGGAGAGCAGCGUCCACCACGGGCGGCAGAAGCCAGGAAACCCGCUUUGUGACCGUGUGUCGUGGUGCUUUACUGUACACCCAGUGGCGUUUUUACUAUAAUGUUCCUUUUCCCCCCAAGAAGAAAAAUCAUGAAUAUACCGCAGGCUUAAUUUUUGUUUACUUUUUGUCUUAAUGAUGGAUUUGAAAAUGAAAGAUUUAAAAGGCAGAACAGAAUCUGUUGCCCUUAAAUAUAUUUGGAAUUUGUGUGACUUGAUUUAGUAAAAUGUUAAACUGUU